UAGUGAAAUAGUUUCUCUCAAUUUAUUCAUUUACCCUUAUAUACAAAAGAUAUAACUUGUCUAACAAGUUCUUUACAUAUUCAAUAAUGGCAAGUCUAGUUAUUUAGCAAUAGGAGAAUAUUAUACAAAUGUUAACUUUCCAUUUAACUUAGUUCUCAUAAUCACCUAGAUCUCCUAGUAUCUCUCUGCAACCAAGAAUUAACUAAAUUGUUCUUGGAGAGUUUGAACUCGCAUCAACAAGCCGUAACCAUGAGACCUUUCACCGUCUUCGAGAGAUUAUCCAAAGCUUUCCAUGAUUAUCCUUCUCUCUCCAGGAUUCUAGUCGUCUCCACCAUCAGUGGUGGGGGACUUAUGGCCUACUCUGAGGUAAAUGGAUCCUAUAGCAACAAUGGUGUUGAAACUAGAACCAGAAAGAAAAAGGUUGUGUUGCUCGGAACUGGAUGGGCUGCAGCAAGUUUCUUGAAGAGUUUGAAUAACUCCUCUUAUGAGGUUCAGGUUAUAUCGCCUAGAAACUACUUUGCUUUCACUCCCUUGCUACCUAGUGUUACUUGUGGAACUGUUGAAGCUCGCAGCGUUGUUGAACCUAUUCGUAACAUUGGAAGGAAGAAUGUUGAGAUGUCUUUCUUGGAGGCAGAAUGUUUCAAAAUUGAUCCAGAAAGCAAGAAAGUGUUUUGCCGAUCUAAACAAGGCCUGGAUUCGAAUGGGAAGAAAGCAUUUGAUGUUGACUACGACUACCUUGUAAUUGCUACUGGAGCUCAGUCCAACACAUUUAACAUUCCUGGGGUGGAGGAGAACUGUCAUUUCCUCAAAGAGGUUGAAGAUGCACAGAGAAUCCGUCGAACUGUCAUUGAUUCAUUUGAGAAGGCAAGCUUACCGGGACUAAACGAAGAAGAGAGGAAGAGAAUGCUACAUUUUGUGGUUGUUGGUGGUGGACCAACAGGUGUUGAGUUUGCUGCUGAGCUGCAUGAUUUUGUUAACGACGAUCUAGUCAAACUCUAUCCUAAAUCCAAGAAUUUAGUGCAAAUCACUCUUCUUGAGGCUGCAGACCACAUCUUGACCAUGUUUGACAAGAGAAUUACAAAGUUUGCUGAAGAAAAAUUUAGUAGAGAUGGUAUUGAUCUGAAAUUAGGUUCCAUGGUAGUCAAUGUGAAUGACAAGGACAUUUCUGCUAAAACCAAAGGAGGAGAGGUCUCUACUAUUCCUUAUGGAAUGAUCGUUUGGUCAACUGGUAUUGGGACUCGUCCUGUGAUCAAAGAGUUUAUGAAACAAAUUGGCCAGGGUAAUAGACGUGCUUUAGCAACCGAUGAAUGGCUUCGAGUUGAAGGAUGUGAUAAUAUAUAUGCACUUGGUGACUGCGCAACAAUCAACCAGAGAAAAGUCAUGGAAGACAUAGCUGAUAUAUUCAAGAAAGCAGAUAAGGACAAUUCAGGAACAAUGACUGUGAAAAAUUUUCAACAAGUAAUGGGUGACAUAUGUGAUAGAUACCCUCAAGUAGAUCUCUACUUGAAGAGCAAAGGCAUGCGUGGGAUCACCGAUCUUCUAAAACAAGCACAAGCUGAGAAUGGUUCAAAUAAGUCCACUGAACUCAAUAUAGAAGAACUUAAAUCGGCUCUUUGUCAUGUUGACUCACAAGUGAAGUAUCGACAUUUAGGACAAUUUGCUCCAUUAGGAGGCGAACAGACUGCAGCUCAAUUUCCAGGAGACUGGGUUUCGAUAGGACACAGCAGUCAAUGGCUGUGGUACUCCGUUUACGCUAGUAAGCAAGUGAGCUGGCGUACGAGAGUCCUAGUGGUCUCAGACUGGAUGAGGCGUUUCAUCUUUGGGAGGGAUUCAAGUCGCAUUUGAAAACCUCAUGUCCGUCGUUUGAGACCUCAAUAGUCUUUACUUCUUUAUAUUUUUUUUCAAAAAGCAAGAUAUGUUAAACUUCAUUUGGUUACUUAUACUUUCUGAA